GGCCCCCCGCGCUGCUCGGCGCUGCAGGCGCCCAUCAUGCUGCUCUCGGGGCACGAGGGGGAGGUGUACUGCUGCAAGUUCCACCCCGGGGGCAGCACCCUGGCCUCUGCUGGCUUCGACAGGCUCAUCUUGCUGUGGAACGUCUAUGGGGACUGUGAGAACUUUGCCACGCUGAAGGGGCACAGUGGGGCCGUGAUGGAGCUGCACUACAACACUGAUGGCAGCAUGCUCUUCUCUGCCUCCACGGACAAAACCGUGGCUGUGUGGGACAGUGAGACUGGGGAGAGGGUGAAGAGGCUGAAGGGCCACACGUCCUUUGUCAACUCCUGCUACCCUGCCAGGAGGGGCCCCCAGCUGGUCUGCACGGGCAGCGACGACGGGACAGUCAAGCUGUGGGAUAUCAGGAAGAAAGCUGCUGUCCAGACCUUUCAGAACACCUACCAGGUCCUGGCUGUGACUUUCAAUGACACCAGUGAUCAGAUCAUCUCUGGAGGCAUCGACAACGACAUCAAGGUGUGGGACCUUCGCCAGAACAAGCUGACCUACAGCAUGAGGGGACACGCGGACUCGGUGACGGGGCUCAGCCUCAGCUCAGAGGGCUCCUACCUGCUCUCCAACGCCAUGGACAACACGGUUCGCAUCUGGGACGUGCGGCCCUUCGCCCCCAAGGAGAGAUGUGUGAAGGUCUUCCAGGGCAACGUCCACAACUUUGAGAAGAACCUUCUGAGGUGCUCUUGGUCCCCUGAUGGGAGUAAAAUCGCCGGGGGAUCUGCUGACAGGUUUGUCUACGUGUGGGACACCACGUCCAGGAGGAUCCUGUACAAGCUGCCAGGCCACGCAGGGUCUGUGAAUGAACUGGCUUUCCACCCUGAGGAACCCAUCAUACUCUCUGCAUCCAGUGACAAGAGGCUCUACAUGGGGGAGAUCCAGUGAGGCCCAGGAGCAG